UUUGUCCACUCAGCUCGUCGUGAUGAGUUGGUGUCGGUUGUUAUCGUUGGUUGCAUGUCUUAACCUUGUUUAUGCCGGUGGCGAAUCCAGUCAUUCCUCGAUGACACCCGAGGAGAAAGGCGCGAUGAGGUUUGUUUGCCUCUUAAAGCCGCCAGUUUUGUAAGCCAGCCUUUUUGAAGGAAAUUAGAGUAAUAUUUCACUGUAUUUUUACAGGGAUAAAGUGUUGGAAAUGUUUCACCAUGCCUACAACUCUUACAUGGUUAGUAGUUAUUUCGAACACAACUACCUUUUGUUAGGCCUUAAAGAUCUAUGACGCAAACGGUCUCACACAUGUUACGAUUGCUAUACUACUUUAUUGCCCGACUAUAUUUCUUCGGGGGCUUCAAUCAAACGAGAGACUUGUUGUACAAUAUACCUAUUAUGCAUUGUUCGAGUUGUGCGUGUUAUUUUAUUCAUGACGUUUACUCUGAAACUUGCCUUCGUGCCUCUUAGAGUCGUUUUUAAAUGUUUGAGUAAUCGGGCGGCAUCAGCAGCGAAAUUCAAUAUGUCUUCGGCUUUUGUUACGAAAACCAUAGCGAUAUGGUAGAUAAGAAUCUAAAAGCGUCAUCUUAUAUAGUUAGAUAUUGGUAAACUGUUGUGACGGAAGUGAAAUUAAGUCGGUAGGUAUAUUGUUUAAAAUAUUUUGUUUUUUGGUCGUUUAUUAGUGAACAUGAUUUUAAACAGGUUAAGCAUCUAGAGUUGAGCUUAAUUCGAGAGUCAGCGCCUGAAUUCUAUUUUGAAUAAUUAAUUAACAGCUGGGCACAUAUUUAUUUUAUAUCCAAGGUAUUGUUGUUUUACGUUCAUUAAUGCUACAGUACAGUAACAUUUAUCUCAUUUUGAAUGUAGCAACAUGCAGAGUAAGUUGAGAACUGCACAAGAUCAUUCUGUUAAAAUUAUGUGAAUUUCGGAUAUAUUAUAUCAGUAUCUAAUUUGAUAUUUGUUUCAGAAAUGUUCCGAUUUCCCACAUCUCUGGUAGUUGAAUACUAUUUUUUGAAUGUACCAAUAUCCUACCAAGAUGUGGGCAAAAUCUUGAUGUGAUAUGAAAAAUAUCUUCAAUUAUGAAAGUUUCAAUGGAGAAAAUCCUUAUUGACAUUUUUUGGGAGGAGAAAACUCUAAGUUAUGGCAAAUUCACCGUGCUCAUCAGAAAAAAAAAGUGCUGCUGGCUGUAUUUAUGUGGCAAGAACUUUCACCUGUUCUGCUUAGAUGUCCUAGCUAUGUUAUAUUACUCUUGGUGGGCUCAGGGUUGUACUAAUUAUACCACUGAUUACCAUUAAGCUAAAUUUAAGUUAUAUAAGAGAUGGAUACUGCUGGUGUGGUCACCAACAUGGAACAAUUGCAAUCAAAAGAUGAAAUUAAAUGAGAUGGAAUAAACAACUAUGCAAAUAUAGAUAAAAAACAAGAAAUAUUUUCUGUUUGAUGCACAUGCAGCACUAUUUCCUUGAAAAAAUUAUUGUACUAUGGGACAAUAUGUCAAAUUUAAAAUGAAUUCAGAUUUAAAUGAAUUCACACAGGUUUCAUUUACGUUUUACUUUGGUCAAAGAUCAUGGUGAUGUAUCUGGAUCAGAAGGAAAUGAAAUUACUUUAAACCUACAACAUAUACUUGUAAACUUAUAGUGUUUGAGGAUUGAAAGUCCUCCAAAAGAGUUUUGUUGCCAUGCUGUCUUGACAGCAAGGUGUUUGUUCAGUGGUAAAUGUUUGUUACUUCACUAAAAAACUAACCUCAAGAGAUCAGCUGUUAACAAGAAAUUAAUCCUAGCUUUGUUGUUUAUACAUUGGCAGUUGAAAAGUUUUUAAACCACCGUUUUAUUGUGUAUUAUAAUUUUCUGUAAAGUUUUUCCAAAAACUGACGGCUUUGUUUAUAGGACACAGCUUUUUAGAUGAGGUUUGGUGAUGUUCUCUAUCAUAAAGAAAUUAUGAGAUUAUAAGUCCAUAUAAAUGUGUAUUUGAAAGUAAUCAACAUGCAAUCAAUUCAUAUGCUUUGGCAGAAUUUGCUAAUUUUAAUAUGGGUUACUUGUUCAUAAUGGGAAAUGAUUACUGCCCUUUGGUUGUAAGUGUUACAUGUGUUGUAAUGUAGAAUCCUGCUUUGUUAUUGCUCUUAGAACCAUGCAUAUCCUGCUGAUGAGCUUAUGCCACUUAGCUGCAAAGGUCGUAUAAGAGGUGUAGAUGCCAGUCGUGGGGAUGUUGACGAUGCUCUUGGAAAGUGAGUUCCUCUUUACAGUGUUUAUGUACUUCUUUUUUAUGUUGUGUUUUUUAAAAUUUUCAAGAAGUAAAUGCUAAUUUAAAUGUGUUGAUAAGAUAAAUUUGUUAAGAAAUCAUCAGAAAAAUUACCUUGAAUGACAAGCAAGGUGCUUUUCUAGCCUUGUCAUUCAUAAGAUCCCUCUAGAUCAGCCCAGUGGAAAACAAAUCUGCCAUUCAUUUAUAAAUAAAGGCAGGCUAGCUUUGUCACCAAGACCUUGUUAAAUUAAUGAGAUGCCUUUUCAGAUGAACACUCUAGCCUUGAAAGUGGGAUGAAAGUUAUUUCGUUAUACUAUCCUGGCUGGAAUUUCCUACAUUACAGUAGUUGGGGGUAUAUCUUAGCUAAAUAAUCACAUUGAAAUUUUUAGAUGAACAGGCAGAAUUUGUAUCACAAAGUGGAAGACAAAUAUGAAAAGGCAAUGAGAUGUUAUUUUCUAAUAAAACAUUUUGCCCUGUGAAUGUAGUUGAUAUUUUCCAGACAGCAGUUUAUUGAGUGGAUAGCAUUGUGUAGUGGUACGAAAAACAUUUUAGGUCAGCUAGAGCAAGGAUUAAUUACUGGUAGCUAUAACUAUGAUCAAUACAUUCUGUUACCUAACAGCCAGCCGAAAAAGUUAUAUUAUGUUUUCAUUAUUGUUUUGUCUUUAAGGUUUUCCUUGACAUUGAUUGACACUUUGGACACGUUAGCAGUAAGUUUCUUGUUCCAUUAUUUGUCUCCUUUAAUCUAAUUUUUUUCUGAAUUCUUUAUUUUUAAAUUUUUGUACAGUUGUUUCACCUCAAAUUUCUCUCUUUUUCAAGGUUUUAGGAGAAGUAGAGGAGUUUGAAAAGGCUGUAAGGCUUGUGGUCCAAGAUGUUUCAUUUGAUAAUGAUGUAGUAGUUUCAGUGUUUGAAACAAACAUAAGAGUUCUAGGGUAAGAAAGAUACUGUACAUAUAUAUAUGUUGAUCAUAUUCUUUCAUGAUUGGUAAAUCAUCAUUUCCUGAAUGAGUUGAUCAAAACAGAAAUGUGAGCUGUUAACCCUUUAAUUAAGUAUAAACAUUUGUCUCCACCUACACCUGUAGUAGACGAAGUCUUCCCUUACUCAAGUUUUUUACAGCCAAACAUCAGUGUUUAUAUUCCCUUUACUGUUCUCUGUACAUCUGGUUUGGUAUUGACAAGGAAAAAGGAAAAGAGAAAUAAGAUGCUUUGCACAAUUACAGGCACUUUGAGUCAGUCCCUCAAAUUUGACCUUCUUACUGCAAAUAAGAUAACUCUAGCAAACAGGGAGCUUGCCAAUUAAUUGUGUUUAUUUUUGUGCAGGGGUCUCCUUGGAGGUCACUUUGCUGCAAUGGCAUUGCAGAAUUCAGGAAAAGGCAUGUUGUGGUAUAACAAUGAACUGGUGGAUAUGGCAAAGGAAAUUGGCUAUCGGCUACUUCCAGCUUUCAAUACCUCAACUGGAAUACCUUAUCCACGAGUAAGUUACAUUCCAAUCAUUAUUCAAAGUAAUUUGUGUCCAUGAGAUAGUGUUAUUACAAUCCAAAAAACUUAAUGAGAAUCUUUUAAAGAUAAAAUUGCUACAGCUGUAAAUAACAAUAGAAGGUAUGAUAAUUGGUACUACAGAGGAUUCCAUUGAUCUUGAAGCUUUUAGGAUGGGGUUUAGUGAAGGGCAAAUAAGCAAUACAUGUUGCUUACAUUAAUAUGUAAACAAUAGCCUCUUUUUGGCAUGAAAUCAUGCAUGGAUGUUUGCCUGCAGACAUUAUCUGUUCCUAGAUGUGAAAAAUUUUCCAAGAGUAAAGCUCAAGGAAAACUGUGAGCUUUGAGGAGCAGAUGAUGUCUAAGGACAGAGAUACAAGCAUAUUUUUGUGCAAAAUAAGGGCUAUUGAGUUUAUUAUCAUUCAAAUAUUUUGCAACACGCAUGUCUGUUGAUUUCUUGUUACAUAUCUACAGGUAAACCUGAGGUAUGGCAUCCAUCAUCCAUCAUCAGGGACAGGCAGUGAGUCAGACACUUGCACAGCCUGUGCUGGAACAAUGAUCAUGGAGUUUGGUGCUCUGUCUAGAGUCACAGGGGAUCCAAUAUUUGAGGUGUGAAUUUAAUAUAUCCCUUUUAAGUUUGGCUUGAUGAAAUUGUGUUGAACAAAAUAAUCUGAAAUUCAUAUAGAAAGAAAAUCAGUUCUCAAAUAAAUUUGAUGAAGUUAAUUUGUAAGAAUUUAAAUCAGUUUUAAGAAACAUCAACCUAAAAAUGAAAUGAAAAAAAUUGGUUCUUUCAAAUUGAAGAUACACACACACCUCUUCAUCUAGAUGAAGAUGUAGCAUGUGAUUUUAGGAACAGCUGUUUUGUAUUGAUAAGUGACACUUGAGUCUCCAUUUUCUGGUUCAACAGCAAAAGGCCCAGAAAGCUAUGGAAGCAAUCUGGAUCCAUCGCAGUCGAGCAAGUGAUCUAGUGGGUACUGUUAUCAACAUUCAUAAUGGCGACUGGGUUCGAAGAGGUAACUUUCAAUUCAUGUGCUGUAAAUAAAAUUAUGACUCAACAGUGCCGAAAAGAUCUUUUGUAAGGUAAUUUUUCAGGUAUGUCUAGAAGCAACAUAAAUUAUCCACACAUCACCUUUUUUUAAUAUGUUUUAAAACUAAUCUAGCAAACCAAUCUCUUCCUGUUGCACCAUUGCCCUUGGUUUUUUUACUUGUAGUGAUAUAGUCCAGCCCUUUCAAUUUGUUUAACUGUUGAUAAAAUUUUGAAACCAUCUUGUUUCUCAUACUGCACAUGGUGUUAUUUUUUCUUUACAGCCAGUUACUUUGUUCUUAUUUUCUACUUGAUUUUUUUUUCUUCACAAACAGACAGUAGUGUUGGUGCUGGUAUUGACUCAUAUUAUGAGUACUGUUUGAAAGCUUACAUACUCCUGGGAGAUGACAGAUACCUGGAGAGGUUUAACAGGGUUUGUGAGACACAUUUGAAUAGUUCUUUUUUUUCUUCUUUUUUUUACCUACUGAUAACAAAAGUUUAGGUCAAUGGAAAGUAUUGAAAGAGUGAUGAUUUUGGAUUGUUAAAUAAGUCAAUAUUAGGGUUAGGAAGAAAUUGCAGUGCUACAUUGGUGGGGGAAGGGGGGUGUUACAAGCUGAAUUGGUUUUAUCAACUGAUUUGAUGUAAAUUGGCCACAGUUAAGACUAUCUAAAGCUUAUGUUUUAAGCAUUAGCCCUUUGUCAGAUUGGUAAAGUCAAUAUUUAGUCCUGCUGUGAUGAGGUAAACUGCAUUAUUGUUCCAAAUUUUGAACUGGUAUGUUUGGAUUUGAUUUGAAAGAGCAUGCUGUUAUAUUUAUUUUAAUUACCUGUGUGUACAUAUUGUCGUGUGUAAAAUAGUUUAGAUGAUCAAAGCCUUUGACAAUAUCUUUCAAUUAAACAAAAUGACUUUAAAAAGUGAGAGAUUCUUUUUGAGUGACUUGUGCUUUUUAAUUUUUUUUCCAACAGCAUUACAAGUCAAUAAUGCAAUACAUCAAUCAAGGGCCACUGUUCUUAAGUGUUCAGAUGCAUCAACCUGACAGAACAGCACAUGCUUACAUGGAUGCAUUGCAAGCAUUCUGGCCUGGACUUCAGGUAACCUUUCACCCAAUAAGACUGAUUGUUACUUUAGGUUAAUUGUUUGCAAUGAUCAUUUCAAGGAAAUCUGCUUCCUGUGAAGUUGUUUUUUCACUAGAAAUAUGAUUAUUGAAUUGUAAUUUCAAGGUUUAGUGGGGCUGUAACAAUUUUUUUUGUCUAAAAUCUUCUUUCAGGUACUAAAAGGUGACCUUAAGAAGGCCAUUGAAACACAUCAGAUGUUGUAUGAAGUCUCAAAGAAGCACACCUUUCUACCAGAGGUACAUAUACAUGCACAAACAAAGAUAUAAACACACUGAAUCUUAUUUCAGGUUUGUUGUAAUUUUGUUCCCCCAUCAUACAUUUUCUUUGCCAGGCAUUUACGACAGAUUUUGAGGUUCACUGGGGGCAGCAUCCUCUCAGACCUGAGCUUGUAGAAAGCACCUACUUCUUGUAUGAGGUAAGACACUGUUGGUAUAAAGGAGAAACAAACGUUUGGUUUCUUUUCUUAAAAUUCUUCUUUCACUAAGUUCAAGGGGAAAUGGAAGAGAGGGAAGGUUGUAUUGUGAUGUUUCAUAUUAGUUGCGUUCUUCUGGAUCAGUGAGGCCAUUGAAAAAAAAUAUUAAACAAAAAAAGCAUGUACUAUGAUUAAUGCAAUAACAAGUUAACAAAUAUAAGAUAGAAAAAAUGUAUUGUAACGUUUAAACUUUGCUAUAGGCCACAGGAGACCCAUAUUACCUUGAGGUUGGAAAGAAUAUAGUGGGGAAGAUCAAUGAACAUGCCAGGGUUCCCUGUGGUUUUGCUGCUCUUCGAGAUGUCAGGACAUUGAGCCAUGAAGACAGGUGAAUUGAAUGUGCUUGAUAAAUGGCUCUUAAAUCAUGUUAUGUGUGUCCUUGGAGCGCUUUCAAUAACUACUUAGAACUCUUAGGAACAGGGCCUGAGGCUUGAAGAUAAAAGUGCAUGUUCCAGCAUUAAAAAUCCUAUUGCCCUAUUCAGGACCCACCAUCCUCUUACUGGAGAAUCCUGUUACACUCAUAUCUUACCAGUUUAUUGUAUUGAAAUAAUUUAAACAAGCAAACAUUUCAAAUAACACAAUAAUUUUGCCAUGUUUUUUUCUCUAGGAUGGACUCGUUUGUUCUUGCAGAGACGUUCAAAUACUUGUUCUUAUUGUUCAGUGAAAAAGAAGAUCUUGUUUUCAAUAUGAACCAGUUCAUUUUUACAACCGAGGCACAUAUCUUGCCUCUUAGUUUGUCCACUAUGGCUGUGAAUACAUCAGCAUCGCAGGUAAACGCAACUUGUAGUUAGAAAGAAGGAAAUACCAAUGAGAGGCGAUGAGAACUCAAAAGUGCCUAAAGGGAAAACGUGUGAAAAUGCGAGAAAACGCGAGCGCCAAGUCGUGAUUGAUUUUAAUUUUGCAUCUGGUUGGGAGAGUGGUGCGAUUUUUCUGGACCAAUCACAGUACGAAGUAAAGCAAAAACACGCAAUCUCGUAUCAUCUUCGACGCAUAAUUGAAAAUUGUUCCGAGAGUGAUGAUCUUAGGUUGCUCAGAAGGCUGUUCUGAAUCAAAGUGAAAGAGGGGCUUUUGAUAGUGUAGGCUCCUUUGAUGAUUUAAUGAAAAGCGACCUUUGCAAUCCCUUUAAAAAAAGCACAAACACAAGUUAAAAUCAAGCACGGAGGAGUAGUUUUAUUGUUAAGAUUUCUGUUGCUUCAAGUUGGUAGUCUACAGUCAAGCUUACAUGUGUUGGUGUCACAAUAAAAGCUAACAGAGCUAAUGUUAGCUAACGUUUGCCUUGAGGCAGAGGUGACCUCCUGUUAGGCUGUACCAUUAGAUAGCCUUCCUUACAAAGUAACUUACUCUGGAACUUACUCCUGGAGUAACUUACUCUUGCAAGGCUUUCAACUUGAUGUCGAAAGUUAUGUUGGAUUGCGGUAGCUCUGCUUUGCUAAACGAUGUAAUUGGUCUAGAAAAAGUGCACCACCCUUUCAAUCAAUCAGAUGAAAAAACCAAAACAAGUCAUGACGCUUGAGCUUGGUCCCUUUGAGUUCUCACUUGCUUCAUUCUUUGAUAUGAUUUUGCGACUUUCAAAGUAGAAAAAUGUUUGUGAAAAAAGUGCAAGCCUUUCAUGAGGCGAAUCCUUCUCCUAAUUUUUUUUGCAGGCUCUGAAAUGAAACUGGUUUGUCGACCGGCUUUUUGUUUUGUGACCUGAAGAUUUUUGUCUUCUUUCGCAGGAACUGAAGUACAAUCUUACCAUCAGCUCAGACAAUGAGCAUGAGUACACAUGUCCUGCUACGCAACACAAGCAAGGUUCAAAUGUUAAGUUUGCCGAGGAGGUGCGACGCAACAGCAGGGCUCAAGCGCAGGGAAGCUGCCCAAAUAGGAAACCGCAGCAGGCUUUUGCUUUCAGCUCGAACAAGUAAGUGAUUUGGUUUUUAAAACCGUUGCAUUCAUGGCUCUUUUUUACAUCAGUUGGGAGUGGAAGACACAGCUCCACAGCAGUUGGCGCACCGGGCCCAGUUUUUUUAACCCUUAAACCCCUAAGAGUGACUAGCAUCUAAUUUCUCCUUACAAUAUCACUCCCAAAAUCACACAUUAAGGUUACAAGAAAAAAGGAAAUGAUCAGCAAUGAUAGGAGCUCUAGAUUGUUAAACAAAUUCUCCUUGUCAGCGCUUUAGCUUUAGCUGUCUACUGAUGUUAGGGAGUAAAGGAUUAAAGGACGGAUAACGCUAUGCAACGGUUAAAUCGCUUUCUAGCAGAUAGAUGUUAACAAAACGUUCUUCGCCAUCCAUCGGAUAAAAAUUGAAUCAGUUGAUAGCGAUCCACCCUUUGAACAACCGGGGCCUGGACUUCAGAUUAAGAGGGCUGGGUUCGAGUCCUGGUUGGGUAGUUGUGUUUUGACCUUGAGCCUAGCGCAUCACUCUCUCAGUGUCUAUCUACGCCCAAGGGUGACAAUACUCCUGUUCUGUUUAUGCCACAGAAAAUGAGAUAUGCUCUGUUAGUUAUUGCUCUCUUGGUCCGUAAGACUGAACCAUGCAACAGUUGUCGUCACUUGUCUCGGGACAGUACAGGCAGAGUGUAAAAAGUGAAAUGUCUCUCAUAUCGCAAGACAAUUUACUAUAUUUACAUACCUUUAUUAUCACCGUCCGUAAUUCGUGGGCAUGCAUAACAUCUUCUUUUCUACUACUGGGUUUUUGUUAGAAACAAAUUAAAGGAAGUUUGAACUCUUGAAGUUUGAAUGUGUUCUUGUUUUUCAUCCUAUUUGAUAUCAUAAUGGAAUCUUUCUGUUUUGUUUUUGUUUUUUUUUUCAGGCCUCCAAGGUUGAGAGCCGAACAAUUUGUUCCAGGAAAUCAAGAGCACAUUAACGUACUCAAGGCCAUGGGUAUCACUGUAAUUCAAACCAAAGAUGGCAGAAUAAAACUUAUGCAAACUGCUUCAACGGUAAGAUUUGAAGUCUAGUUGCGCCACUAACGUUGAAAUCGAACUGCUCCAAAGGUCAGUGACCUAAUGUAUCACAACGUGGUCGCGAAGUCACAGAGUCAAAUCCUUCGGAAAUUCACCCAAAUUUUUGUCAGACUUCUUUAAGUCUUCCUUACUAAGUUACUGACAGGGAGAAUUUGUUUAACAAUCAAGAGCCUCCUUAGUUGAUAAUCUUUCCCUUUAUUCUCAUGACCUUAAUAUGUGAUUCAGGAGUUAUAUUGUAGAGAGAAAUUAGAUUCUAGUCACUCUUUCUUAGGGUUUAAAGGAUGAACACUGGACAAGAUUGCGUAAUAAUUCACUGCGAAGAUCAAUCAAUCUUUUUAACAAGUCGUGUUGACGCUAAGACCUAAGGCCUGCGACAGUCUUAAGCAAACAACGUAGCAUACUAAUCGGCCACGGGGAGCACUCAAAUAUGUUUCAUAUUGCCGCUUGUCGUAAAGUAAUCGCGUGUUGUUUCUCUUUUCUCUGUGGCCAGGCUGAGUCAGAUCGUGAUGCAGAAGAUGGCAUCAAGUUCAUGCAAGAGAUGAUUGAAUUGGCAAAACAACGAAAUGAUGAGUCAGGUAUUACCAAUUAUUUACUAAUUUUUUUUGUGUGUAUGUGUGUUUGUGUGAAUCUAUGAAAGGGGGUGUGUAGGAAAAUGGAAACAGUAUCCUAGGGUCAUUAGGAAAUUAGCGCUGUGCAAGUUGAUAUGAAAUAGCCAAUGAGUAAAAACUUACCUACCACCAAUAAAUCGCUGUACAAAGAGUUCCUGAAAUGUACACGGUGUUACAACUCUAAGUCCUGAGUGUUUACUACUUGUGACUCAAUUCAAUUUAGGUAUUUUUCAAUAAUUUCGGCUAUCGUUCAUCUUUAGCUGUUCAAGAAAAGCCUCGUGUGGUUCAGCUUAUGUCUGCUCCUUACAAAGGAGAUGUUGUUCUCAACGCUUGUCCAGCGCACUUUGGUCUGGAUCUGAGCAAAGGAGAUGUAGGGGUGAGUACCCGGCACGUCUGUGAUGUUACUGUUCUUUUUUCCUCAGUCUUGAGGGCUUCGUAAAUUCCAGUUACUUUGCUGAAAGAGUGGAUAACUUUUGGCGGAUUAAGAGAGGGGAGGGCACGGGGAAAAGGGACAAGAGAUGGUGGGGGACCACUGGGGGGACAGAGGGAUUCCCCACUAAUAAUGGAAUUUUUUUAAGUGAAGAAAAAAAGUGACUUAGUGGAGCCCCGCUUCUGGGUUUGGCUAUAUCUUUUAUGAGAGUUUUUCUCUGGCAACCUUCUUUUGAGUUGUUGUUAGGGUUUCGUUUGUUAGAGGAAGGCUGUGCUUUAUUUUGGCGCCUCUUUUCUUAAUUCUUUGGACCCAAUUGUGUAAUGUUCACUUGCCAACAUAUCCCUACAGAAAAUAGUGUGUCCGUAGUUUAGUAAGAAUUGAACGGUUCAAACUUCCUUUUCCAUGGUUAAAUCACCAGUAGGCGAAGAUUGUUCUAUAGGAACAAACCGCCGCCAGGGUGUUUUUUGGAGUACGCCUCAUGAAUGAAAUAUAUGUACAUUGUUGAAACUUUUCCUUGUAUUCCAGAAACUAAUCCUACAACUCAGUCCAUACACUAACAACAAAGCUGAUAGAUACGGUUUAUAAACUAUCCCUAUGGAAUUAAGGUAGCAUUGUUUCUAUUUUGUUUCAGAUGGGUGCAGAGGUUUCUAUAGCUGAGCCUAUCAAGGCAUGUUCUUCUGUUUCAAAUGCAGAGGAACUGAAGCAUAGAAUUGCUAUUAUGGAAAGGGGCGAAUGCAUGUUCAUCGAUAAGGUACGAGGCAAAUAAACGUGAACGAGCAGUGGCUGUUUUGCUACUGAUUUCCCCAGCUAUGUAGGCAGAUGUCUCCUUCUUUGUCGUCACGUAACAUUUUUUUUUUCUUUUCACAAACGAAAUUCCGUUGCGUGAUGCACAUGUCUAUAGCCACCGGGCCCAACGAACAGGGAUGAUGAUUGUUUCUUGUGAGUAGUUCCUCGAGCUUCUUCUCCAGUCACGAUAGUCAGGCAUGCGUGUGAGAGGGCGUGAACAGAAACUACGGGGACAGAGAGGGAAAAUCCAAGCUUUGCCUGGGACAUAUUGAGAUCACCAAUAUUACUUUUAGCUUUAAAGAGGAACAGAAUUCCUUUUCCUUAGAUGUCCUCACUGUGAAUUGUUGAUUUCCCAAGUCGUUUUCUGUUUUCAUUGUCUUUUCUCCUGAAAAGGAGGAGCUAUAAACCAUGGAAAACGCCUUCUAAGGUUUCACGCUGUUAAUUAUUGUUACUUUUCUUGUUUUGUUGGCAGGCUCGGCAUGCUGAGGCCGCCGGGGCAGUUGGUGUGAUCAUCGUUGGUAAGAUCUGUCCCCAAAAGACUUAAAAGAUCACUGUAACUUUAAUGAAAUCGUCUCGAAUUGAACAAACAGAUAAGAUAAAAACCCGGAGCACUAUGUUGUCUUGUUAAUCGAUAUUUUUCUAUGAAAUGAAGGCAAGUCAUUAGAUUCUUUUGAUCACAUAUAUUUAUUCCAGAGUACACCUUUAAUAAAGCUUCUAGACUGGAAUCAAGAUGACAUAGUUCCAGGACACAGUACCAUGUAGUUUUGUUUCCAUUGGUAGAUCGAUUCUUAACCCUUCAACUCCCAGAUUAGAUUUGUAACUUUCCAUACUGUCAGCCUUACAAUUCUUUUAAUGUUAGUUCAGAGAAUUAAGUAUUGGAUCAAUUAAUAACCCCCCAAAUUGAUCUUUUUUUCUUAAUUCUCAUCACUUAUCUGGUUGAUAUUGUACAGUUAUUACAAGGAGAAAUUAUUUGUUGGUCACUCAUGGGAGUUAAAGGGUUAAUGUAACCUUCGAAAUCAGUUAGUUUGAGGGUGUUACAUUUCGAGCUCGGCCAGACGUUUGAGCUACACGAAGAACAAAUAUCAAGAGGGCUAAACGAGAUAGACAGGGGAGAGUUUCUUUUCUGUAUCGUGCUUUCGUGGCUCGAGAGCAUGGAUUCAUUCGUAUCUUUUCGUUAGACCCCUCAAACCUUGUGCGUCAUUGGCAACGGCCCAAUCCUUGUGAUUGAACUAACCAGUAACUUUUUGCCACAGAUAAUAACGAAGGUAGCUCGAGUGAUACACAACCAAUAUUUGCCAUGGCUGGUGAUGGUUCCGACAAUGACGUGAAAAUACCAGCCGUGCUUCUGUUCAGCGAGGAAGGACGCAUACUAAAGAACGCCAUAGCUGCAAUGGAGGACUUAAAUCAACGGCUUACGGUCCGUUUGGCUUCUAAAGCCACUGGAAAACCAGGUAUGACGCUGUUGAUCUUUUUUUUCUUCGUUUCACUUGUUCAGGAGUUUUUAUAAAAGCGACCACCGAUGGUCUACAGCUGCCUAUAAGUACCUCUUACCGUCGUCUGUUUAGCUUGCGAGCAGGAUCUCGUGUUUGGGUAAAAGGGUUAAAUUUCUAAAGAAACUGUGGUGCUGCGUCGAUGGGGGGUGUUACAAGAUAAUUUGGUUGGAUCAAUAUCAGUAUCUGGGCAACUGCCCACCUACCCCUCCCCUAACCCAACAUUAAUCCUAACUUGUUAUCAAUAGGCUGUUGUUGGGUUAGGGGAGGGGUAGAUGGGCAGUUGCCCAGAUACUGAUAUUGAUCCAUUUGGUUUUUAUCAACUGAGUUGAGGAUCUAAAUUGGCUAACGUAAAGAGUUUCUAAAGCUAUUAUUUCGUGCGUUAGCCCAUUGUUAGAGCUAAUAGAGGAAUUGUAGGUUGUAUGUGGUUUAUAUACAAAAAAAGAUUGAGUCACGCUAUUGGUAGGUAACGUGAAAAGCCUAUAUUAGAACUGGUUCCAAAUUUUAUUUUAUUUUGUUCUUGAUCACAGCUAAGGAAGAGGCUCUAACUGCCGGACAAGCUGACGUGCCGUCAACUACACAAGAAAAAUCAGAGAGCACAGAGUCUGUCAGUGAGGAAGAAAGUCCACCUCCAAGUGACGAUAUUAAAAUUCAAUUAUCUGAGGAAAGUAAAGAAGUUCACGGUAGUAAUACAGAACAAAUCGAGGCCUCACAAGGUAUGGAAUCACAUCAGAAAGCUGAAGACGGCAAGGAAUCGACAACAUCAGAAAAUUCUGACCCGCCCAAUAGCGAGACACCGCAAAAUCCGGCUGUUGUGUCAGUGGGACAAGACGAAGUGUUUUGUGCCGCUACCGGCAAACCUUGUGCCAUACCAAACCAAACUCACGAACCAAGCGUUGAUUCAGCAAUUCUGGCUGAAACUUCAAAUAGCGACAGUUCAAAUUCUGAAACAAGCACGCUUUCUGAGAAUACUGACGUCGACAGUGGAGGUGAAACAAAUAGCGAGGCAAUUCAAUCGAGUAAAAACACAGACGCUGAACUAAAAAAUGAGCCAAGCGCAGAUGUAGCAGAAAAUACGAGCGAUGAAAACGUUCUUGACGCUGCUUCCAAAAGGACUUGAAUCUCAAAAUUACUUUUAUUAAUCAAUAAUAAUAUACUCAGGUGCUUCAGUCUGACGUCAUAUAAGAACCCUUGGGUUGUCCAGGGGUGAGAAGAAACAGCUGACUCUGGUGCAGACUUGCAUCCAAAUUAAUCAGGAAUUUUUUGUGGUUUUGCCGCAACUUUUUAUUCCUCUUAUUCAAGUACCAAACUCUUCUUGGUUUGAGCCAGCAUUCAGUCUUAGAAAGUAAGCAAAGUGGAAAUGACGUCAUAGUGCAAGCCCUGCUAUAGCAGAGCAAAUGAUGGGUCGAUGUGAAACUAGACUAGAACUAUCGGGGAAAUAUUCGUAUCUGAGAAGUUUCCGUUAUUUAUUGUCCAGUCGACAAACCUUUUCUAGCUAAAUGCGUAAGUAUCGCCCUAUUCGCGCUGUGAUCAGGCGUUGUAGCGGAUCGCAGGUGUCUACCUGUCACCUCCAAUCCAAUACCAUUUACUCGAGCUAAAAAACGCACCAAAAAAGCCAGAUUGCAGGUCUCUUAAAAACAUCCUCAGCCUUACGUUAAUUUUAGGGACAGUCUUGACCCUGGCGGUUACGAAACUGAAAUAAUUACACUCACGAAGAUCCUAUUUUGAAUGUACAGAACGGUACGAUAACAGGGAAGGGGUUGGGGUACAUAGCGACUGUUAACAUUUUGUUAUCGCUGGGGUUGUAGAAGGAGUUGGUUAUAUGCUAGCAAAACAAACGACUCUGAGGGACAAAUUUAUAGUUUCAACGUUCUAACAUUCAAUAAGACAGGAUCAUAUCUUGCUUUUAACAUUUUCGCUCCAGAAAUGACUGUAAAGGAAUUUUCCCUCACAGUAUUCAUACAUUUUAAAGGGGAAAGUUGAUGAGAAGAAAGGAGAAUAUUCACAGGGCUGAAAUGUUUGGAAAUGUAAAGUAGACAGGGUGGGGAAUUAAAACUUAGUCCUUGGGAGUGAAAGGGUGACAUUUUAACUGCUCUUAAAGCCACAUGUGAUGUAAUUGUAAAUAUUUAUAUAGAUAGCUUUAAUUUUCGAAUUUAGUACCUUGGCAUAAUAUACAGUUGAGAGGCUAACUGAAAUGUUUAUUUACCUAUGAUUUAGGAAUUGUUUUAACCAUUAAAAUCAGUCAAUGUUUUUUGCCAAUCAAAUGGCUUUGACGACCGUCUGUUUUAUUUCGCCUAAAUUUUAAAGACUGAUUUUGGUUUCAAUUGUUGCAGACAUCGGUAGGCAGUGUGGCUUGGCGCGCGCGCGGGGGUGGGGAAUAUUGUAUUGUUAAGUUGUAGAACCCUACAGCGCCUGAUGUGGGUAAGUGUUGCGAAAUCUUUAAUAUUUUAGCAGUUUAGCCAGGAGAUUAAUCACUGUAAAUAUGGAUAUUAGCAGUGGAACUGUAUGGAAGAUAGAUAGAAAAUAUUGCGUGGACUGACUGGCCAACACCAUCACUUACACAAGGUUCAAUGCAUUAAGGAUCAAAAAGAGGACGUAAUUAUAUUUUAUUGGUGAAUCCUCAGGAGAAGUAAGAGGAUGUGACCAACGCGAUGGAC